AUGCAUUUACAAUACGACCCUGAAUUUCUGAAAGAAGCUGCUCCAAUCCUCGAACAGCUGGCGCAGACCCCAAAGCCACCCUUGCAUGAUGUUGCAACGAGGCGCGCGAUGCUGGGAGCUAUGACGAGCGAUGACUUCCCCCUGCCAGAAGAUGUGGAACAUCGAAUUUAUCAGGUCGCCGCGCCAGACGGACAUAAUGUACCUGUCUAUCACUUUUGCAAGACACCAUCCCGUGUGGGAAGGCAACCGGCUAUUAUUCACAUCCACGGUGGGGGAUACAUCUCUCUCAACGCUGCGCAAUGCGCCAGGUCUCAUCCGCCUGCUGUUUCUCAGACGGGGGUUCAAAUCUUCAGUGUCGAUUACCGAUUGGCACCCGAGGACCCAUAUCCAACGCCUUUGAAUGAUUGCUGGGCUGUCUUUGAAUGGGUUCGCAGUAAUGCGGAACAGCUGUCAAUUGAUCCAGCACGCAUUGCAGUAAUGGGGGAAAGUGCUGGUGGUGGCCUAGCUGCUGCUCUGACUCUGCUGGCCCGCGAUAGAGCGCUGUCGCCACCUCUUGCAAAGCAGAUUCUUAUUUAUCCCAUGCUGAACGAUCGGACUGUGACCAACCAUGCGGGUGAGUUGGCAUUCUGGGACGCCAACGAUAACAUCACGGGAUGGACUGCAUAUCUGGGACCGGACGUCGGUGGUGACCAGAUUGUCCCGUACGCUGCUCCGGCUCGAGUGGAAUCGGUUGAAGGCCUACCAGCGCUUUACCUGGACUGCCCGCAAUUGGAUAUGUUUGUGCACGAGGGUAUGGAAUAUGCACGCCGGUUUGUGGCAGCCAAUAUUCCCACAGAAUGCCACAUCUACCCAGGUCUGCCGCAUGGGUUUGAGGCAUUAGCCUCGGGCGCCAGUCUCACAAAGCAGGCCAUUGCCAAUCGCUACAAGGCCAUGACCAGCUUUUGA